GGGAGAGAUGCAAAAUGUGCAGAGCAGGGGCCUCCAGGACUGGAAGUGAGAACCACUGCUCUAAAGGACCCCCUCGCCACAAUCCUCCUCUCUGACUGUGUUUCACUGACUAUGAAGAGGAAGACGAAGCCCGCCACGAAUCUGCCUUCACGAGCAGGUCUCGUGUUUCCCGUCCAGCGCGUUCAGCAAACUUUCAUCGCCGGAAAGCUGCCGGGGACAAUCGACAAGGAAGCGGCGGUGUUUCUCGCAGGUGUGCUGGAGUUCCUUGUGGCCGAGAUCCUGACUUUGGCGGGGCAAGAUGCUGCACUCAAUCAGUCGAAUAAGAUCACAUUACACCAUCUUCCUGGACUGCAGGACAAAAAGAGAUACGCAAAGUUGUUGGAACUGUCUAAAGAAAAAAAAAGGAAUACGAUGAGGAGGAAGCGGUCGGUGUAGUUGUGUAGUUCACUGCACUUUUGUUAACUUCGGACUGAAUGAUGCACGAACAUUUAUUACAUAUUCAGAGCUGUUUUUCAUACAAACACACUGUACAGUUCUUUCUUUGUGUUUUGCUUGACAUGGUCUCAACGCUCUGCUUUACUGCACUUAUUGACCGAUAUAUUUUGUUUUUUUUUGGGGGCUGUGCAAUUCCUUCUUGAGCAAGAAUUUUAAACUUUAAUAUUUGUUGGAAAUAAACGUUGUGGAAUUGCAACACUUAUUCGCA